UAUUUUCUUUCCCAUCAUUCUCUCUUUCACACCACAGCAUCUCACGCACUACACACACAACACAAAGCAUUAGAACCCACUGCCAUGCUGUCGCUCCCUGGAAAGCUAGUCUGCGUCACCGGUGCCGGAGGCUUCAUCGCCUCAUGGCUCGUUAAACUCCUCCUUGAAAAGGGCUACACCGUUAGAGGCACCGUCAGAAAUCCAGAGGAUCCGAAGAAUUCACAUUUGAGAGAGCUUGAAGGAGCGGAUGAGAGGCUGAUUCUGUACAAGGCUGAUCUUAAUGACUACGAGAGCUUGCGCGAAGCGAUUAAUGGCUGCGACGGCGUUUUCCACACGGCGUCGCCCGUCACUGACGAUCCAGAACAAAUGGUGGAGCCGGCGGUGAACGGGGCCAAAAAUGUGAUGCGCGCGGCGGCGGAGGCGAAGGUCCGACGUGUGGUGUUAACUUCAUCAAUCGGUGCAAUAUACAUGGAUCCCAACAGAGACCCUGAUAAAGUUGUGGACGAGACGUGUUGGAGUGACCUUGACUUCUGCAAACAGACUAAGAACUGGUAUUGCUACGGCAAGUUAGUGGCUGAACAAGUAGCAUGGGACACAGCAAAAGAGUUGGGGGUAGACCUGGUGGUGAUCAACCCAGUUCUGGUGCUUGGCCCAUUGCUUCAACCCACAAUCAACGCCAGCGUUCUCCACAUACUCAAAUACCUAACUGGCUCCGCCAAGACUUACGCCAAUUCCGUCCAAGCCUACGUCCACGUCAAGGACGUCGCCCUGGCCCACAUCCUCUUGUUCGAGACGCCGUCCGCGUCGGGGCGAUACCUCUGCGCCGAGAGCGUGCUCCACCGUGGCGAGGUGGUUGAGAUACUCGCCAAGUUCUUUCCCGAAUAUCCCAUCCCUACCAAGUAA